AUGGUGGAAUUAGAGAGGUUAAAAUUCUUUAGGUGUAAACAACCACAGUUGAGGGUUGACAAAUACAAAUGUCUGCAUGAAAGUCUUAUAAACGGGGAUGUAGAUGUUUCAAGGCUUGGCAAAAUAAUCAUUCUUUCCAAUACUUUUACCGGUGGACCUAGAUAUGCAGGAUAUCCUAGCUAUUUUAUCACCAUGACCUGUAACCCUGAAUGGGAUGAGAUAAAAAGAGAAGUGACUCCCAUUGGAUUGAAGGCAGAAGACCGUCCUGAUAUAUUAUACGUUUGCACUGUAGAGUUUCAAAAGAGAGGGCUUCCGCAUGCACAUAUCCUUUUAUUCAUGAGUAACGAGUUCAAGCCACAAACACCAGAUGACAUAGACAAACAUAUAACAGCUGAGAUUCCUGAUAAAAAUGAAAGGCCAAAUCUACAUGGAGCUUUUCAAAAUUACAUGGUACAUGAUCCAUGUGAUCCGUACAACAAGAAUUCACCUUGCAUGAAGAAUGGAUCCUGUUCAAAGUUCUAUCCUAAAGAGUUUAGACAGCAAACACUCAUUGAUGAGGCCGGAUUUCCCAAAUAUAGGCAUACUGAUAAUGGUCGAACAGUGAAAAAAAGGGAAUGUGUACUAGACAAUAAGUUCAUUGUUUCGUAUAAUCCAAAAUUGUUGCUCAAGUUCGGGUGCCACAUAAAUGUGGAAUACACAUGUCAAACAAGUUCUAUUAAGUAUCUGUUUAAGUAUGUACACAAGGGUAAUGACCGCGUAACAGCUACUCUAUACAAUGUUGGUGAUCCGUCAGAAGCCACACAAGUUGUUGACAAAAUUAUGAAUUACUAUAAUUUUAGGUACAUUUUGGCAUGUGAGGCAGUCUGGCGUCUAUUUGGAUACAAAAUUCAAGAGAAAGAACUAUUUGUGAUUAGACUUUCAUUCCAUUUGGAGGAUAAGCAACUUGUGGUUUAUGGUGAAAAAUCUAAUGUGAAUGAUAUCGUCGAAAGAACAAUAUCUCAUAAGUCCAUGUUUUUGGGAUGGAUGGCGGCGAACAUGUCAUAUCCAUAUACUCGAAGUCUGACUUAUGCUGAGUUUCCAACCAAGUUUGUUUGGAAGGACGAUUCUUCAAAAUGGUUUUCUCGAAAGAAAAGCUUCACAAUUGGAAGGUUGACUCAUGUACCUGCACGUAAUGACGGGUUUAUAUUCAAUUUUGAUCUUACUUAUUUAAUGAUUUAA